AUGGACGACACCCAGACCACGUUCUUCAUUGGGCACCAUGAGCCAAAGAGAUUGCUCCCAGUCACGUCCAACAAUCUGCACGAUGCGCACGCUCUCAAUUAUGAUAUGCUCACGUGCCCAAUCACAACACCAUACUUCCACACUCGCGUGCUCUCGAAACUGAGCACUCAUCUGCCGAACGUAUCCAGCACAUCUUCGAUAGAUCUAGGAUCUUCCACAAAUGCUUCGCCAAUAGUCAUCGAGCCUCUGACUCCUCUCGAUAGCCCUUUGUCCCCAGACGAGGUGACCAGUCAGCUGAUUGGGGUCAUCAGUCCAUGGAUCGACCUGGCAUCGCCAGAUCCAGUUAUAGCGGACAUUUCCAUCCAAGUCUUGAAGCUCGAGUUGGCGUACGCUGCGUUCUGUGGCAUCACUUAUGUCCUGGUACCUGGUCCGCGAAUGCGCACCUCCGCAGAUGACGGGUCUGGUCUGGUACAGUUCGGGCGAGCAAUUUUGGAUGGCUUGACUCUAGGACCUUGGAUGAGCCUGUACAUAUGGAUGCCCCUGAUUGAUCACUCUGACGACGACACCGAAGAUAUCGGAGACUUGUCGCCUUUCGCUCGGCAGCAGUUCACAGGGCAAGCGGAUAACUCUACACGGCGUCUGGAUUUGUUUGGAACCUGGGAAGCUUGGAGCACAAUUCGUUCAAUCUGCAAGUAUUCCUCCAGGCUUUCGGUUGCUGUUGCGUUACCAAAGUUGCUGCCACCUGUGCCAAUACAAUCGAGAUGGUACAGUGAACCUGUCCGCAUACUUACACUUGACAGCAGCAUAUUCUCAAAGAAUGGCAAGGGCUACCCAGUCCUCACCAAGGCUCAUCAAGCGCUCAUAAGUCGCUUCAUGCGUCACAAGAAUCCGCCGUGGCUUCUUCUCAGCAAUGUCGGCUCGAUUCCCUCCACAACGAAUGGAGUCUCACCACUUGCCGACUCGACCGCAUAUCCGACCCUGGCUGAGGCUUCAGGUUACAAGGACCCGGUGCCGCAUCUCUCCUAUCUCAGAAAUUUGCAAAACAGGCAACCACCACCAAGUCUUAUUGAGAAAUUUGGAGCUGGUUAUCAAGACUACCUUCAGGCGCCACUGCAACCUUUGACAGUCAACCUAGAAUCGAUUACCUACGAGGUUUUCGAAAAGGAUCCGGUCAAAUAUGAUUGGUACGAAAGAGCAAUCGCUCGAGCCUUGACUGAUUGGGGCACUCAGAGGAAGCCGGCCUCUGGUAUUGACGGCCGCAUUGUGGUAGCUGUUGUCGGCGCAGGUCGUGGACCCCUGGUUACGAGAGCGUUGAAAGCAGCCGAAUCGGUCGGCAUCGACGUCGAUUUGUGGGCGUUGGAAAAGAAUCCUAAUGCAUACGUCCUCCUGCAGCGACAUAAUGACACGAUCUGGAAUCGCAGAGUCAGUCUCGUCAAGAGCGAUAUGCGUACCUGGCGAGGUCCAGUCCGAUAUGAUGACACGAAACGGUUGUCACAGAUGCUGACGAACGCUGAGCCAAGCAACACCAACCCAACAUAUACUGGAUCUGUCGACACCGAUUCGACGUAUCUACUUGCCACGGCAGCGCGCAAAGCGACACACUACAAGAUCGACAUCAUCAUCUCGGAGCUGCUCGGCUCAUUCGGAGACAAUGAAUUAUCCCCAGAGUGCCUGGAUGGCGUCCAGCAUCUGCUGAACCCUAUCCACGGCAUCUCGAUUCCUACCAGCUACACGGCUUACAUCAGUCCUAUCGCCGCACCAAAACUAUAUGCUGAUAUAAACAACAGCAUGGUACAGACGACACCACGUGCGGCUGAGAUACCGUACGUAGUAAUGCUCAACGCCAUUGAUCAUCUAUCGACCUCGGCAGCUUCUCGUGUGCCUCCAACGCCAGACAACGUAUCGAGCACGACACCCCAUCCUACGAGUAGUACACCAGAUCCGCCUCAAUCGCCUCUUUCAGCACACCCUCCCAACCCCGCACUCCCUCAGCCGUAUUCCAAGGCACACAUCACCGGGAAACGCCGGGCAGAAAGUAGCACAGAGUCGGCGUUAAAGCGUGCUUCAUCAAUUUCGGCACCACCAGCGCCUGUUCCAACCAUCCUUCCAACCUGGACAUUCCAGCAUCCCAACAGCUCUUUGUCACCUUCGCCUCCAGCCGCGAACACCCACAACACCAGACAUUCUGUUUUGCACUUCCCAAUCCCCAACCGAGGACUUUGCCACGGUCUGGCGGGCUAUUUCGAGUGCGUCUUGUAUCACUCUACGGCAAGCAUGCCCACUACUAAGAAGAACGCCGCUGAGCCAUACCUGGCAAGCCCAAGCGUGGUGUUGAGCACAAAUCCCAAUACAAUGCCAGCUCUGUCUCCGGACAUGAUGUCUUGGUUUCCGCUCUUCUUUCCACUGAAGCAGGCUGUCUGGUUUCCGGAUGACAGUGAGGCCGUUGUCACUAUGUGGCGAAAGGAAGACGCUAGGAAGGUGUGGUACGAGUGGAAGAUUGAUGCCUUCAUGAAGAUUGGGAAGAAGGGGCGUGUCAGGCUUGGUGGGAGUGAGAUUCACUCGAGUGAAGAGGAAGGUUGCUUGAUGUGA